AUGGGUCAACGAACUGCAUUAAGGUUACGUUCAAAACUGCAAGCGAUCUUCUUCAAGUUAGGGUGUUUCUGCCAAAGAAACUGUUGGGCUGUUCUCACUGUUGGAUUUUUUAUUCUUAUCGGGCUCUCUAUUGGGAUCAUAACAGCAAAAAUUGAGACAGAUGUGGAGAAAUUAUGGAUGGAAGGUAAGUUGUGUGAGAUGUCUAUUUGUCUUUGCGGCAGGUUGGAGAAAUAAGUUAGGUGUACCAAUCUCAUUCACUUCAGUGUUUACAGCAAUUCGUACUCUGGAAGUAGAUUUUACGUUUUAAAAAAAUGUAUUCUAUUCGAAAUAAGCUCUCAUCUGUCGUUGAUUCUCUCACCAAAAUGCCUUCUCAAAUCGGCGAACGAGGUACAUAUAUAAAAUGUCGCAGCCUUCCACCCUCCGGCCUUUGUGAAAGUUUACUCCAUCAGUAUGACAAGUGGUGUUUCAAGUCUAACUUUGCAAAGUAGUAUUUCAACAAAAAUUAUGUGUAUUUACAGGCUAGCUCAUGUGAUUAUAAAUCAAAGCGGUCGGUGUAGAAAUUUACGGAAAAUUCAAAUCAAGCAUUGGUCGUGGUUCAAUGACUGAAAAAUUCAAUGUUAUUGUUAUCUUGUUUCGGCCAAGUCAGUAUCGGCAAAAAUCACGUAAGAUGUGUUGAAACAAGAAAUAAAAGUGAUUUAAGCCGUAAACUUGUGUCAAAAAUACAAGAGCCAUAUUAGAAUUUGCACCAUUUAUCUCAUUAUUUUCGUUUCAUAGUCAAAACUGUUUUCAGCAAUUCGAAAACCUUUCCAUUUAAUGGCUGUUUUGGAAGAUCAAGCGUAACCGGAAACUGCGUUUAUGCAUACAAAUGAGCCACAAGUGGUGGCGUGAUGCGUGGUAACAUGAAGUUACCACGUUGCCCUUGUGAUCAGCUUUUAGCAGCUGAUAUUGCAACCUCUAUUUGAUUGGGUGAGAAAUAAUCAUUAUUUUCACUUUUCAACCAACUCCGCUGUAACUUUCCCUCACUGUCAGUGGAAAAAUCUUCGUACACGAAGAAACUCGAAAUUUCCAACUGUGUUGAAUGUUGUUGGUAAGUUCAACACAAAAUGACGCGGCAAAAUUUCGCUCUACUUCAAAAAAUAUUAAAGCAAAGAUCACGUGGAGAAAAAUUCGGAAAGAGGACGUGGAUUUGUAUACAUGUACAAAAAGUAGAUACUAGAAAAAAAAUCGUUAUUAAAAAAAAUAACAUUUAUCGAAUGAGCUCUGAUAUACGUGAAAAUGCAGAUUUCGAGCGUUAAGGAAAAAACCAAAUUAGCAUAAAAAACUAGUAACAAAACUUUAGCUUGAGGCUCAUGUGAAUAGGUUGAUUAUACAAUGAAGCAACCGCUAGAUGUAGACUUCAUUUUUUUAAAUUUUGAGUCAAAAUUACCUGCACACUGUGUCAGAUUGUUGACACUGAACAAUCGUAGAGUUCGUUAUGAAACUUCACUUUAUUUGAUUUCGCAUUCCUAACUUCAAGACUAAUUAAAUUCGUCACCCGUAAACACAAAAUUUGAUGAGAAGGUAAUGGUCACAGUAUGUACUUUCGAGUUGCUUCUUAAGGGAAACAGCACGAUUUGUGCAAAAGUCCUUCGUUUUCUGCUACCUCAUCUCCGCUCAACAACGGGAAAUACGUCGGCAUUCGAGAGGCACGUUUUCAACUCCUUUUCACAUAAGUCGCUUUCCGGUCUUUCUCGAUGUUCCUAAUAUCACCUUACAACAACAACAAUAACUAAAACAAAACAAAACAACGAGCAGAAAAAAUUUUAAAAAUAAAUAAAUAAAAAGGAAAAAAUCGAUAUGUUUCAAGGGGAGGCGUUUCCCCAUUUGAACAAAUUAGCUUGUUUGACGAGAUGAAAAUUGAUAGGCUGUGCCUCGUCAAGAAAACAUCGACUUCUUCACAGUCUUGUUUUCCUCGCGGUUACAGGGCUGUACUUUACCGAGGAAAAUUUAAACUUAAAAGAAAAGUAACGCAUAAUAUUUUUGUUAGGAACCUACUGUAGAUCGUUUUAGUUAGUCCAAUUAAAUGACGAAUCUGGGGAUAGAGAAAAGUGUUAAAAGCUUGUCACUAGCGGUAACAGAGUUAGUGUGUAAGCUUUUCGCUGCAGCGAAAAAAAAUCGGUUUGAUACAAAAGCAACGCAAAAUGUUUCCGUUAGGAACCUACUGUAGAUCGUUUUAACAAGUCAUGUUACGGGACACAUCUCUUCAUAAAGAAAGUGUUUAACUGUCAGCAGUGGUCGGGACAGAAAGAAAUCUGAGGGCGCGGUAAGAAUUCAAACCCCCUCCUCUCUUAUUUUUCGGGAAAUGUUCCAUUAACUGAGACACAGAGAACUCGUCUGUGAAAGAUGUUUAUCUACUGGUUUAAGAUAAAUGCUAGUUAUAUUUUGUAUUGAAAGUCACUGCGUUUUUACUCUACAGUUGAUGGAAGGCUUGAAAAGGAAUUGCAGUACACAAAAGAUUCAGUUGGAGAAGGAGCGGGAACAACUAAUGAACUCAUAAUCCACGCUGCCAAUGAAGGUGGCGAUAAUAUUUUGUCGGUGGAUUCGAUGCAGAAGCAUCUUAAAGCAGUUCAAAAAGCUAUAGAAAUUAAGGUCGACAUAUUCGGCAAGUAAGUUUAAAUAUUCAUGAAAUGUCAGUUCAUUUUACUGGCCAGCUUUCUUUCGAUUCAUCGUCCAAUUCUUGCCUCGCAUUGACCUGAGACGUUAGCGAUGACAGACAGAGACGUUAGCGAUGUCUGAUUGGUUGUUUGAAUUUUGAAUUGUGUGUCAGAAGUAGUUCUGGGAUUUUUCUACCUUUAGUUGAAUUAUCGAAACAAUUUGCAAGGAUUUCAUUGCAGCUGUUAGCUGACUACGAAUCCUAAAUAAGAAAUUGAUUUUUCCCAGGACCACUUUAUUGUACAUGUGGCGUAAAACUCCACAAAAAAACUCCACAAAAAAAUCCACAAAAAUAUAAACCUUUUUACUGACACUAACUAACAAAACAACAAAGAUGAAAACAAACGGGAUUUUAACUAAUUUCUACUGUUUAUUUUGUUUUGUUUGUUUAUUUUUAGGACUUGGUCUCAUACAGACCUCUGUUACGUACCAGAGGUUCCAUCAUUUAAUAAUUCUUUAGUGGACGGGGUAGGUGACGAAAUUAUUGUUCACAAAUUGAUCUACUCAAAUAUCUAUUUCUACCCUAUGUCGUAGCUUCUAUUUUCUUGUGAAAGCGCAAUUUGAAUUCAUGAAGAGAAAGAUAUUUUUUCGACAAAUGUUCUGGCGGGUGCAUGGUGGAUCGUCCUGCGUUCACCUCCCGACUUCUCUCUUCUCUUUUAGAUCAUAGCAGCCAUUAUUCCCUGCCUCGUUAUAUCUCCACUAGACUGCUUCUGGGAUGGAGCUAAGAAUCUUAAACUUAGAGCCGAGCUACCAUCCGUUGCCAAGUAAGUAUCUUUAACUGCAAUAUAUUACCUUUGAUUUAGCGCUUUGUUUAAAUGCGGCGAAUUCGUCCCUUAAAUUUGCUUGGGAGUUCAGAGGAUUUUGAUUGUUACGUUGAAAUUUACCUGAUUUCCCCCCACCCCCCCUAAAAGGCGCUGUGAUGUUCCUAUGACCCCCCUCACUCCCCACCCCACCUCAUUGGCAGUUAAUCGGCAGUCAAUUUUGUAUAGUCUCUACUUUUUAUACUCUGUCGGCGACGACUGAUACCCCCCUCCCCAAAGAAAAAUCCUUCGUCCCAAUUGUUUCCUUAAAUUUCUUUGAGGCUUUAAAUUGCUUUCUUUUGUUUUGUUUGUCUGUUUUUAGAGUGUUUCCCUUAGAAUGGACAGAAAGCAACCCGAAUUUUCUGUUAACACUGUUAGAUCAGUUUAAUAUUGAAGGCAAAGAGGAAAUUAAAGAUCUGUUUGUCAAGGUAGGCAGUAAAGCGAUUUUUUUAAAAUUCUUGUCAUUAACUUUACAGCCCAACUUUGAUUAUUAUUGUUAUUCAAACUUUAAUUUUGGUAUUGAUUCGUUUGUUAGGCUGGUAUCACCAAAGGAUAUCAAGAAAAGCCUUGCCUUGAUCCGACAGAGCCUAAAUGCCCGAGCACAGCUCCUAACUCUCCCUCAAAAACAGGAAAGGUAAUUUUGCCCCUUUCUUAUAAAAUAAGAUAGAAACGUAUAGGGUGAUUCUCCCUUGAUAACAGCAUCACAGCAGUGAAACGUAGGGUAUGUAUGUAAGUGAUAUGUAUUUUCGCCGGCCGCGUGCCGAUUUCCCGCCCAAAAAUUUCAAGGAAAACAUAAGAAACAACUCCUGUUAUACAUGACGUGGAGGAAAAAAGAAGCAUUUCGAUACAUCAGGGAAAAGAAACAAAAGUAAAGAAAAUUAAAACUUGAAUAACUUCAAAAUAACUUGAUUCUUUGGCUUGCGUGGUUGCGUAUAAUUCCUGUAAGACAACAUGAGUCUAUGCGCCACCCAACGUUCACACAUGCGUAAUCGUUUGACCGCUGUUUUCCCUGGGGGCGGAAUGCGCGUACGUGGCCCUUUUUGCCUGGUCAGUUGAAUAUCCAGUUACGAUGCAAGUGAAAGCUACUGAGCAAUACUUUCAUAUGAUGCCGUUCAAUAUGCUUUGAAAGGUGAUUUUAACCUUUAUCUCCGUGUAAGACACCAUAGUCUGUGAUCAAUGCGAUAAGUACUGACUGUGAAUAUUUGAAAAUCAUUUAUGUGAACUGCGGAUAAAAAUGUGAAUAUGAAGGCGACUGGGAAGUGGUUCACAUCGCAGUUCACAUACAUUAUUUUCAUAUAUCCACAGUCAUCAGUUUAUUCAUCACUUCACGGGUCUAUUUGGAACCAACAUAGCGACCAGCUCCUAGUUGGCUUGUUAGCUCAGCUGAUAGAGCACUGCACUGAUAUCGCAGAGGUCAUGAAUUCAAUUCCGGUUCAGGCCUGAAUUUUUUCCAGGCCUUGUUUUCACUACUGCUUAAGUAGUGUUCAUUACUGCGAGGAUCGCUUUCAUUUUCACGAGAUAAGCACUUCUGGGCAGUAAGAUUUACUUAUUUUGUGUCUUAUAAUUAUUCUUGUAGGCACCAGACGUAAAGUCAGAGCUAAAUGGAGGUUGCAAAGGUUUUGCAACAGAAUUUAUGCAGUGGGCUGAAGAGCUAAUUGUUGGUGGAGUAACAAAACACAAUACUACGUUGACGAGGUUAGUUAUUAUUGAUAGAUUUAAAAAAUAUAUCUUUAUCUGAAACUCUAGAACGUAUUCCAUUGAUUGGUAAGAUCUGCACGCCGAAGUUGAAAUGGUUUCAUUUCGUCGUUAGUGUGACUGGAAAGAAAAGUUAACGGUAUUUGGAUCAAGUGGUCCAUGUCAAACCCAAAGUAAGAAAAAAGGCAUUAAAAACAAAAGUAAAUACCACAUUUACAUUUAAGUAAACGUACCUGAUAUGCGAGAAAACUCAGUUAAAGAAGUCGCGAUUGGGUUAAGUUUUGCAUCUGAUUGGUCGAGAGAGAAAGAGAGAGAGGGAGAGAGGCGCAACUUUUGUUGAUGAAUGGCAGAAACCUAUAAUAAAAAACCAAUUCAAUCGCGGAUCAACAUUAUAUUUGCGUAUUCCCGAUCGAUAGAAUAACGAUAUAAAGUAUUAAAAAACGUACGCAGUUUUCUCUCUUAGUUUAAAGAAAAGAAUUGUAUGUUGAAACUUGUGGACAUUUUUUUCAGUGCCAAAGCGCUUCAAACAAUUCUCGUUCUCGCGGGUCCACAAGGUCUGUACAAACGAUGGGCAGACAGAUCUCAGGAGUUGAAUGUGCGUUGGAGCUUGGAUACUGCGAAACAAGUCCUAGAGGCAUGGCAACGGCGCUUUACAGAGGUAAAAGUUUCCACUGAUCCUGCCAGAUAUAUCCUGCAUGUUAGGGCAUGCUGUGUGUAACCGAAAAGGCCACUUAUUCACUGGUUUCUCACUUGGCCCCACCGGCCAUAUGAUGACAGAAAAACAUUUAUAUAUAUAUAGGCAUAAAAAAUUAUCUAAACGCGCUUGAUGCUGCAUCAAAAUGCUCGAGUCAUUUUCCUCGGGAGCGACACUUAACGCUCACAGUGCCUAUCCACACAGGAUUGUGAGGAAGGGGGCACUUGCACACAGACAGAGAAAACUUCCAGACGGAGUCCCAGUACUCUAUGUUGCUCCAUAUGCAUGUUGCAAAGACGGGAACUGGCUCUGACAUCUAUUUGAGUUUGUUUCGUAGUCAGACAUAACCUGACUUUCUCUACCUCCGUAGGAAAUCAAUGAAGACGUCAAAGAAACUGACGAGUUUAGUAUCCUAGCUUUUGACUCAACCUCUGUCACUGACUUAUUGAAGGAGUUCUCAGAGACCAGCGUGUCAAGAAUUGCUAUAGGAUACGUACUCAUGGUAAACACUGCUGUUUGUAAAAUAACAUCUUCCAAUAACCCAUUUAAUUUGAUCAUUUGAAUAACAAGAAAUAUUAUUUUCCAGAGAUACAAUUUAACAAACCAGCCCUCACCUCCUCUCCCCGUAUUGGGGAAUAAAAUAAACUCCCCUUGGAAGUGAGGAAGACUGUCCUCUCUGGGUGAAUUACAAAUAUACCGCCCUGUGUACCUUUCUUACUUCAUUUCACGUGUGAUCAAAUAAAAACUUUAGUUUUCCCACAUUUAAAGCUUCCCGCGCUUAAGCUCUCUUCUACCCGAUUCUUUUUCGAAGUCCUCUGUAAGUGGAGAUUGUGUAAGCUCUUUGCACUUUUAUCUCGCUCCCAAUCCAGCUUCUCUCAUUCCAGUUGAGGCUAAGUUUGUCUGCGCCACCCCAAUCUCCCCGACCACCAUUCUCUUUGGUUCCCUUUCUCGUAUUUCCUUGCCUCACUUUAAACUUAACAGACCAUUCCAAGUUAUAAUCGAUCUCACUCACCCACCCCACGGCAGAACACAAAAAGCACACACGGAGUAUACAUAACAUUCAACUCUCCUGACCAGCGGUCACAGUUAAGAACCGCCGGGUAAAAAGAGCGCAAGCUCAGCUUGAGACUAAAUUUUCUAAUCUUAUUUCAGCUCAUUUAUGCGUGCAUAACUCUGAAGCGCUGGUGUGAGCCAAUCAGAUCUCAUGGUGCCCUGGGGUUUGUGGGUGUGCUCUUGGUUACGCUCUCGGUGGCUGCUGGGUUUGGUUUUAGUGCAUUGUGCGGGAUAACAUUCAACGCUGCAUCAACUCAGGUAAGAAUAAUAACAUUCAGGUACUCCUCAACGAAAUAAGAAGAACAGAAAACCAAUGCAAUUUAUCGUGUAGAAUCAAAAUUCGGGUUUUGCACCGAUAGCAGUAAAAGCAGCUGUUGAUGAGUAACGUGGAUACUGGUUUUUUUCUCAGGUGUUACCGUUUCUUGCCCUCGGUCUGGGCGUGGAUGACAUGUUUCUUCUGGCUCACUCGUAUUCCAGCUUAAUACGGGGUGGAGACGUCCGCCAUGUGGUAAGUUUUGUAAAUCACAGUGAGAGAGAGAGAGGAUAAUAGAACCACGUUAUGAUAUUUAGGGAAAGGUGGGAGAGCAAACCUACUUUAAACUUGAACGAGAAUACUCAUUCGAUGCGUUGGUGAAACUCAAUCAGCCAAUUAGCCGCAGAAGUGAAAUUGAUUUUUUUGUUCUUUUUUGCGCAGAAGCAAGAGCGAGGAGAGCGCGAUGGGUGAGACACGCGCGUGUAGAGGAGCACAAGACGAGGAGCGCGUGUCUUAGCCUUUGCUCUCUCUCUUAACACUUUUCCCGCAGGCUGAUUAGUAAUGGCAAACAAGAGCUGGUAAUUUCCGUCAAUUAAAUCAUCUCAUCCACUUCUUAUUUUCUGACAGGAAGAAGUUGGCUACUGUCUAGGAACCACUGGGGUUAGCGUGUUUCUGACGUCAUUCAACAACAUGUUAGCGUUCUUCAUGGCGGCGUUGAUUCCUAUACCAGCCCUGAGAUAUUUUGCGCUACAGGUAGAACUAAAGUCUCCUUCUCCAUAAGUCUAUUUUGGACGUCACAUGAUGUGUUCGUUGAGUAACAUCAAAAAAUCGACUGCUAUAAGAUAUUUUGCAAAACGGGUUGCGGUUGUCGUGGUGUGACUUCAGUCAAAGGGUACGAGGGUAGUCUGGUUAAUAUUUGACGAGGAGUGCACAGUUGAUGAUUGCGAACAGGGACCCUUUCGGGUUGUUUAGGAAGAUCGCACCAGCCUUUUUCUAUAACCAAUCACAAGGUGUGUUAGAACGGUCAAAAUUACUGUUACUAAGUAUUAUAAACUGAGUUGAUAAAUUAAAUUGGCCACCUUAAAGAGUGUCAAAGCUGACAUUUUGAGCGUUGGUCCUUCGUCAGAGCGAAUGGCGAAGGGCUAACUCUCGAAAAUUCAGCUUUAAAACUCUUUACGGUGGCCAAUUUACGUUAUCAAAUCAGUUGAUAAUACUUAAUUAUCCUGUUAUACUCUCCCACCGACGCAGAACCACAGUUUCUUUAGAAAACUUAUUCAAAAUCCAUGUUGAGUGGCUACAGGCACCCGGGAAAUUCUUGCUAAAACUGUUCUCAAACCAUAGUUCAAUAUAUGCAGAAGUGAAGCCAUAUUCAUCUAUAUAAGUAUUUCUGUUAAAUAAUAAAAAACCUAUUGUAUUCUGUUUUGCAUAAUAAAUAGAACUCUAAGGGUAUUGCUUGGUGUUACCUGCCUCAGCCAUCGGCUUUGGCAAUUACCACUAAACUCGGCCUUGAUAUCACGCUUAAACUCAUCUAAUGAUUGUCAAUUGUCAGGCUGCUGUUGUUGUUAUCUUUAAUUUCAUCGGAGUCAUCAUCAUUUUUCCCGCCAUUCUGGGAGUCGAUGUGCAAAGAAUGAGACAUCAUCGAUACGACAUCAUCUGCUGUUUGAAAAGGUCAGCUGUGAUUUGUCCAAUGUACUGAUCUUAGCGUCACGUGUUAGAUAGCGUUGCGUGACGAAUGUUCCAAAUAAGGCCGCCAUGCACGUAGAGUAAGUGAGCGUCAUUCUCUCUCAGAACUAGUAACUAAUCAAAGAUAGGUCAAGUGUGUCACAUUAAUAAUAAAUAAAUAGAUAAUAAUAACUUAAUAAAUGAAUUAAAAGAGGAAAACUUUUUCAACAUCAAUAUCUUGCAGCUCGUCCAAGAAUCAAGGUAGUGAAGAAGUGUUGUCUAAAACAAGAAGCGAGUUUCCAUCAACAACUGAAAGAGAAAAAAAUCAACAUGAACUUGAGCACUCCGAUAAUCACGCUGUGUCUAAACCCUCCAACACCAUGGUCAUGAGCAAUGGAAAAUCAGAUUCUUCUAUCGGCGAGGUCCUGGUAAACGAGUAUACAAAUAACUUGGACAAGCAGUCUAAACUGUCUUACGAUAGCGAAGCAAGUAUGAUGAGAAAUCACCUCAGUCCUAAUGCAUCACAGCAUGGUACUCCGACUAGCGUAGUUGAUUCCUCAGUAAAUGGUAAAGAUGAUGGAUCUUUCCGGUACAAAUGCGCACCUAUAUCGCUUCAAAAUUUUGCCACAGUUUAUUAUGGCCCUGCACUGCAGAAAACGCCGGUUAAGGUAAGCAUUGGCCCGUGACGUUUUAAGCAACCAUUAGUUUUAUAACUAGAAUUACAGCAAAAGGUUAUGGGUCUGCAUAAGAUUCAGUAUACAAACUGAUUUUCAUAAUUAUCAGAGGUAAUUCCCGACUUCGGGGCGCGAAGCGACCAGAAGAGUAUUGCUACUCUCCGUGGAUUUUCUAGUCGAUUGAAAAGCCCCCUCUUCUCUUCCCCCUGGCACCUCUGACAGCUUACCGAUACCCAAUUCUACUCUUAGGUGCACAGAUAGAUACUCUGUGAGCGGUAAGUGGCUCGCCCAAGACUCAGCUAAGGCUCGAAUCCAGACCCUCCAAUUCGUUUUUCAGCGUACUCGCCAUCAGACCACCGCGUUUUCUACAAGCGAGGGAGCUCAAGUCUUUUUCUCAUGUUUUACCAAGAAUAUUGAAACUCUGGGUAUAAAUUUAAUGUCAGAAGUCUGUUUCUCUUCCAAUAGAAAGUGGGUUUUGGACGGAAAGAGAUUUCGCGUGAGAGUGACGAUGAGAGAGUAUGUUUGUUUUCUCUCGUCUCCACCAAGUGUUUUUAACCACCGACUGUAUACAUAUUGGUUUUUUAGGUUGCAGUGAUUUUCUUCUUUCUUGGUCUUCUUGCUGUGGGGAUCUACGGUGCCUUUCAAGUGGAAGACGGUUUAGAACUCACCGAAGUAGUUCCACACAACAGCGUAGCGCACAAAUUUGUGGAAGCUCAAUUCAAGUAUUUCUCAUUUUAUCCCAUGACUCUUGUUACACAAGAUAACUUUGACUACGCCAACAAACAGAACACUUUAUUAUCCUACCACGAAGCAUUUAAACAGGUGGGUUGAUAGAGACACGUUUUUGUCCACUCUAGCUUUAAACAUUUCUUACCCACUGAUCUUGAUAGUCAAUUGUUUAUUUAAUUUCGAUAGGCUUCUGUAACACUGAUACAAAUGUCAUUACAAUACCCAAUCAGAACAAAGGUGAAUAUUACAACGAGCCAAUGAGAACUCGAAGUAAAAAUAAACAGACUGCGCGGAGCGCGGGAAACCACAGUGACACGGUCGCAGUUGACGAUUUUAAUUUUGCUUCUGAUUGGCUGAAAUGGUGGCGGGAGAUUUGUAGACCAAUCGCAGUGUGGUGAAUAAAGCCUAAUGAAAGCGACCCUGAAUUGAAAACUGCUUCAUAUUAGGGUACUACAGUGUAAAAAUAUAUAAUAUUAAAUACUUCAAUGUCAGCUAGAGAAAUCAUACUAUGUUACAUAAGAGUUUAUUUUUUAAAGGGGCGAGGUUAUAAAUUGGAAGUAACUGUUACACAAGGAAACGAAUUUGAGCUAUCUUUUUUCCCUGUCAACAGAUACCAAAUGUUAUUAGAAUUCCUGGUUCAGAAGAAAUUCCCAAAUUUUGGCUUAUGUACUUUCGAGACUGGCUCAAUGGUAAGGAUUGUAACUUAUAAAUUUUAUUUGUAUUUUCUGAGUAAAAUUAAACCGUGAUGGAGCAUGAUUAGGUCUCGGCCCAAUACCUUGUAAUAGUCGGAUAAAAGUGUAAUAAGUUGAGACUGAAAAUUUAAUAUUUUCAUGUGAACUUCCUAAUGAGCCGUAAUCUCAAAAUAUCUUUGUGACGGAGCUCGCAAGUACUGACAGGAAAGUCAUAAGGUGUACUGCCGAAUGCACUGGACAGCGGAUUGUAGGUCCGAGGUUCAAUUAUUCUAGGGGAAUCAGAAUUGAUUCUUAGUUCCUAGCUCGUAACAAGACAAUAAAAUAUCUUUGUAUGAUAAUCAUCAUUCUUUUAGAUGCACAGACGUCAUUUGACCAAGACUGGGCCAAUAAAACCAUAACCGACGCUGGCUGGACUGAAGCAGCAUCCAGUACUGGGGUAAUGGCUUACAAACUACUAUCUCAGACAGAUGAAUCAGAUGACAUUGAUCGAACACAGGUAAGAACUUCAACCUCUGUUAAUGCAGUGUUUUGAAGUUUGAUUCUCUCCCUUCAUAAAAUAACUGGGAUACUAUGAUCGCCCUGAUUGAUCAAAAUCUAUCGUUUAUUGCGCCGAUGCAAAAUUUGAAGGUUAUUUCGAAAACUUUGUAGACCACUCGCCUCCGGUUCGUGAUUAACAAUAUCUUCUCGAUUAAACGCCCUCGGCGUUUAUUUAAUAAUCGGCAGUUCGGACCCGCCGUUUUCUCGAUCGAGGUCGGUGUUUAAUAAGAGACAGGAGUUUAAUCGAGAAAAUACGGUACUUUUCUACCUCGUAUUCUUCCAAAAUCUUGCGUGGGUUAUUACGCUAGUAAAUAAUCCAAAGUGCGGUCUAUUACUUGAACAGCUGCUUUGAUACAGCUGGGAUUAAAUAUUUAGUGAGUUCAACCCUUUAACCCUUAAAGUCCCACUAGUGACUUAGACAGAAUUUCUCCUUACACUAUUAGUACGAUAUCAAGCAGACAAGUAAUGAGAAUAAAGAAAAAUAUCAAUUAAGGGAUUAUUGGUUGAUCCAAUUCCAAAUUCUCCAAACUAACAUCACAUAAAUUGUAUGGCAGACAGCAAGGAGAAUUACCAAUGAAAUCUUGGGAGUUAAAGGGUCAACCUCUGAGAGUGACAAGCAUCUUAUUUCUCCUCAUUGUAUCAUCACUGAAUCAAACAGGAAGAAAAGGAAAGCUACCUCUAGCUCUUGAUUGUUAAUCAAAGUCUCCUUAACAGUACCACGGGAAAUGUUUCCAAGGCAGUAUGGAGAAUUUGCAUGCUCAUUUUAGGGUGACUAGGUCCAGGUUAAGUGACCCCAGAGGAGAUUAAAACUAAAAUAAUUUAGUGAUUCCACUGAGUGACUGAAACGUAAUUGCUUCAUAACCUCGUUGUCUGAUUGGUGGAAGUGACUCGUGCUAUUCAUCAACCAAUCAGAUGUCAAGCAAACGUUAUUCACAACAAGGUCACGUGCUGUUUACAGUUCCUUAUCAUGCAUCGCGUGUAUUUAUUGUGUUAUUUCUUUACAGGUUCGAAACUACAAGCUUGUGAGCAAUGGAAUCAUCCGUCCUGAAAUAUUCUACAAAGCUCUCACAGUUUGGAUCGAUAGGGACGUAUUAGGAUAUGCAUUUUCACAAGUAUGUUAAUAAAAAAAUAUAGACAACAACGUGUUGGGCUUACGUAAGAAAGAUUUAAGAUUCACAAGUAUGUUAAAUAUUUUUUGAAGAAAAAAAAUUUGUUGAAGAAACAACAAAGUGAUAGGCAACAACGUGUUGAGCUUUUCUUUUUUUUGCAGGCCGACAUUAAGCCAAAGACUGUUGACUUUUCAAAUACAAGAUCCUCCCAAGAUGAUAAAGCAAUGAUAGGUAGGAAAAAUACUCUGAAAAUUUAGAGUUUACGCUUUAUAGCGUUGUUGAGCAGGGCUUACAAUAGUCAGACUUGAUCAACUGCUAUUCCGAAACGGAAUACUAAACAUAGACGGGCAACAUGGAGGAAGAAGUUGCGCAAAGAUUGGUGGGUAGAGAUUCUUUCCAUUCUACCAUCCAUAUCUUCUUCAAAAUGUAUUUUCAAGCUGUGCGCGUCAUUCAGACGACUGGGACCGAAUCAUCACACUCAGAGAAGCCUAGCGUGUUACCUUUUUUUAACUUUUCCUGCUCUUCAUCGUAUUGUUAUUUUUAGUGGCUGCAGCUCAACCGACCACGUUCGCAAAGAUCAACUUUAACGUCAUUGGUCUUCAAGAAACAAAAGACUUUGUAAAGUUGAUCAAGGUAAUUAAACCCCUUUUUGGGUAUGGAAAUAUUUCCAGAAAAGUUUUGUUAGCAAGUCAGUGACCUAGAGCUUUUUCAAAAUAUGCCUUUUUAUUCUUUCCAGGAUGUUCGAGAGAUUUGCGACAAAUAUGCCGAAGAAGGACUCCCUAACUACCCCAGUGGGGUCCCCUUUACGUUUUGGGAGCAGUACAUUUGGCUAAGGCGGCAAAUUAUCAUCGCAAUUUCCAUAUCGUUGGCGGUGAGCUUUUUAGCAAUGGCAGUGUUGUUGUUCAACAUCUGGGCUGCAGCAGUCAUCGUACUUGUCUUGGUGAUGAUAACAGUUGAAGUGUAUGGCUUCAUGGGCUUGGCUGGAAUAAAACUUAGUGCUGUACCUGCAGUGACACUAAUUCUGUCUGUUGGAGUUGGAGUGGAGUUUACUGUACACAUGUGCAUGGUAUGUAAUAGCUUUUGCUUUACAUUACAGAACGCGUAUGUUUUCAGAAUUCUCUAAUAUAGUAAAGCAAUUUUAAAGUGAAAGUCGUGAGCAAUCCGAGACUUCAUUAGUCUUGGCUUACUUUGCUAUGAUUGGUCUGGGAAACUCACUCCAUCUUUUCGACUAAUAGUUGCAGCGUCAUUGAUGGCUGUGUUUCCCGUGCUUUAGGUUUUCUAGUGGCUCCUUUUGUCGAGUUUUCCUUUCUUCUGACCAGCUGUUAUACACGAAUUUUUGUGGUUUUGGCUUUUUGAUUGCAUGCAACUGAAAAACACAUUGAGCACAAACAGGUUGAAUUUCAGAUUGUCCUAAGUCGUUCCACUGGAAUCUCAGAAAGUGCAGAUAAAGAAAUUUCAGAACGAAUUCUUACACCAAGGGCGCGAAAAAUGACAAUGCGUGUUAAGCGCGGGAAAAAAGCAACCGGUACAAAGGCCGGGAAAGCAAAAGGCCCUGCUAAAUGUCAAGGGCGGGAAAACUCAUUCAAGCCAAGGCACUGUUGCGUUUAUCGUUGUAGCUGAUUGGCUACGAGAAAACUGUAUUAUGAAUAUGAUUGGUUGGAAAAUUUACCUACGGCUUUUUGGAACCAGAGAAAUUUGCUGGGCAAGAACUUUGUUGAACACGUAUGAUUACUGUGUACGUCAUUUUCCUAGGCAUUUAUGCAGGCCGUCGGUGAUAGAAACCAGAGGAUGCAGAAGGCAAUAGAACAUGUUUUUGUACCAAUCGUGGACGGUGCCAUCUCGACGCUUCUUGGCGUUGUGAUGCUGGCAGGAUCCGAAUUCGAAUUCAUAGUCAGGUGAGACAAAUUUGCUGAUUCAAAUUUUUACGAGAAUGGUCACUCACUUCAAGUCCUCUAUCUGAAAGCAUUAAGUGCACAAAUGCUCUUUCUUUACCCGUUGUGUUGGACCUGAGAAAUCCCAUACUUCACGCCUGAACGUUGCGUAGGAGCUACGUAAAUUUGAAAUUCACUUGAACUCUUAAUUUUCAAGUUACAUUUGCACAGAAUGUAAUUGUAAUAAGGAUUCUGUCUACGAGCAAUUCUUCAAAGACAACAAAAUUUCAAAUGCCCGUAAGGCAAGUUAGGGCAUGUUACAACAAAUUUUGCUGUCUUUGAAAUAUUUACUGGGGCUUAUCAACACCAAAUUGCACGAAAAAUCAUGUUGUUACUUGUAAAUAAUUUUCAGGAAGAACGCAUCACAGAAAGUCGCGACGGACGAAAUUUUGGCAGCGCGCGCGCUGUUUGUGAUUUGCACUCGUAUUACAUGAGAAUACACUCGUUUUCAGCCAAUUUUUUUCAUGUACAUUAUUACAUUUAUAACUAAUUUGUCUUUCAGAUACUUCUUUAACCUUCUCCUAGCAUUGAUAUGUAUUGGCACAUUUAAUGGCCUCCUAUUUCUACCAGUCUUCUUGUCUCUGGCCGGGCCUGGAGCAAUGGUAAGCUGUAUAGAUUUUUCUAUCGAAGAGACUUUGUCAUAUUCAGUUAUCGAUUGAAAGUUUGUAAUUUUUGAAACCUGAUAACCCAUGGUUUAACCCACGAAUUAAUACAAAUGAUAGUUUAGAUAAAAUAUAUCAAAAAACGAAAAAAAUGUUUUAAAUGAGCGGGAAUAUAUCUUGCAAAUAGAGUCGAACGCAAGAGUUAGUGCAGCCGGAGAUAAGCUCGGGAAAAUUCACACUCUUCAAGUAACGACAGAAUUUGAUUGGCUGAUUAGAUAAUUUAUUAAACCUGAAUGGCUAGAUGAAUUUUCGGUACUUGUUUCGGACAUGAUAUGAAACAGUUUGAAUGCUUUGCAGUUUUCAGCCCAUAAAAUUCGAAAAGUACACUUAAAAGCAAACAGAAGGACAAUUUUGUUAUAUUUCAAGCCUUUUUUUAAUUUUAUCCGGAUCGUGUUCGUAUUUUUUCAGGCAACUGAAGUCCCAACUCCCAGCCUAUCAAAUUCAUUGGCCAUUCAAAACCAGGCAACCGCUCCUUCCUCUGCUGGUUCAGCGAUAAAUGAUUUGGAACUAGAAGAACAUGAGCCAAGCAGUGAAACUAAAGGAAACGAGAAACCUCUCGAAAGGACCAAUCCGAUGAUUAAACAUUGGGCACAAGUGGAACCGACGUAUGAUAAAGAACCAAGGAAUUCAGACAUGGCGACGAUUGAAGGACCGCGUCAGCAUGAGCUGGAUGAUGUCAAAUUUUGACGUAAAAAGUUUAAUUAGUUAGCAUACCAUCAAUAUACCAGAAGACCACCUCGACGUGAUUUGGAAGCCGCGACUGACUACUAACUAUAGAUUACUCGUCCCAGUGCUCACGGUCCUCACGUUUCGUUUCAAGGCGCGAGCGCUGGGAAAAAUCAUUUUCAAGUUUUUUAGAUUUAGACGCUGGAGAUAUUUUUAAAGCCCUUCCUAAAAUUUCACUUCAGUGUGUUGUUAUUACCACCAUCAUAUAAGAUGUUAUGUAAUACAAAAAUAUACCAAUGGACUGUACAAGGUGUGGUAAUUCUGUCCUUUCCAUACAAGAUUCUAAAAUAACUGAUCUUUCAUUACCUUGGGUUUUUUUGCUUCAACAUGUGCUAAACUUCCCUUUGUAUAUUAACAAUGGCGACCUCACUCUUUUUCUAUGAGGAUUUUUUUUUUUGCAUUUUUUGCGUGACAGGGUUGUUUCUUCCGUUUUCCUUUUUCUUUGAAAAUUUGCACGGGAAAUUGACGCGAGGUGUGCAUGCGCAACGUUUGACCGCUGUGAUUAAUGUUUACUUCUCACAGGUAUUCACGGUUCUCAGCGGUUAUCUCCAUCGAAGCAAAUAGUACUUCAAAUACCACUAUUAAAUGUAACUUCAAUAAGGUACACUACUUAUUUAUUUAUUCUACAGUUAACUGAUGUGUUAUCAUGUAAAUAUAUUAGGCUAACGAUUAAAAGAAAUUAUUUAAACAAUUGAAUUUACACACAGUAAAUUAUAUCCCCUUUGUUUACAUAAAUAUCUGUUGAAAUGCAUCAAUUAUUCUAGUAUUUUUCUUUAAAUUUUGAAGAUAUCUGAGCAAAUGAAAUAAAAUUUCAGAUAUUGCAAAGGAAGCACUUUAACAGAAUGAUAAGUUUACCAAA